AUGGUUUUAGUGAUUAUCAGAAAGAGUAGUAAUUAUCAAUUACAUACUACAUCUUUAGAGACCAUUACUAAUAAUUCCAAGAAAACAGUAAGUGAAGCAGAAAAAAUUGCCACAAAGUUGGCAUCUCAAACUUUUCAAGUUACAAAAAAACAGAAAAAAAAUCUUCCUAUUGUCGUUAUUGAUUAUGACUCUACAGAUAAAAUGCAACAUAAUCUUUUGGAUCAAGAGCGCCAAGAUCAAGAGCAUCAAGAUCAAGAGCAAGAACAUCGUAUUACAAGGGAUGUUGGUGAUACAUCUGUUACACAAACACAAAAUGAAACUUGUGAAAGGUUUAAUGAAAUAUCUGAAAAAGUCGAUCAAUUGAUGAUUCCAGAAAAUUCUUAUUGGAAAAAUUUAGCGUCAAAAACUUGUAAAACUCAGCUUUCCAUUCUUGGUAUUUAUCCAGAAGCAUCAGCAUUCCAAAAGGCUUUUGAGACUAUACUUGAGCAAGAAAAACCUGGCUAUAUCGAAAAACAUGGACCCCAAUGGAUACAUAUUUAUUCAGGGAGAAUUGAACCUUUGUGUCGUGAUAUAAUUAAAUCUCGCUGA